AAAAAAAAAAGGGAAAAGGAAAUGGGAGUAUUUAGCUCCCGUCCUGUGGAGAAAAUUUUCUUUUCCUGAUGAAGCUAAGAUGAAGUUCACUGGCUGUUUGGGAAUAAUGGUUUCCAGUUUGAUUCUGUUUCUGGUUUGUUCUUUUACUUUCUUCUCCUGUGUGAGCAGCUGCAAUUCCAGCUGUCAAGAUAAACCUGUGAUAACUCCAUCCAGACUGGUGGUGAAGUUCGGUGAUCCAGCCUCUGCUACAUGUGUAGCCUGUCAGCAGGCCUGUCUUCCCCCAGAUGAAAAUCGUAUUGAUAUGGAAGUUUCUCUUGGAAUGGCUAACCUAAAUGAAAACACAGUGAGCUGGACAGUGAACCAAAUGACUGAGUGGGAAAUAAAUCCAAAAUGCUUCUAUACUACCGUAAAAGCUCAGUGCUGCACUGACCUGCCUGUUACUGUCUACAAACCUCCAGAAAGUGUGUCCUUCAGCAUAAAGCCCUCUGGACCUCUGAGUGAGGGUACAGUGGCCAUCCUGCAGUGUGAUGUACUGAACGUCGCUCCGGCUAAAAACCUCAUUGUGACCUUUUACAGAGGUCAGAGGUCUCUAGGUGAAGAGAAAAGCAGCAACACCACAAAGAAACCAGUCAAUGAGGCAUUUUCGUCGAACUACAACAUCAGCAAAGAAGACAAUCAAGUCCAGUUCUGGUGUGAAGCGAAGCUGGAACUGGGAGCUGAAGGACCACAGCCCCCUCUAGUGGUGAAAUCAAAGAAGACCACUGUCUCAGUUCACUGGAAACCAACAGAUUUGGAGACGACCUCCAAGCCAAGCGAUGACGCUCCCAGAUGGAAACUUUGCAGGUUCAUCCUCUGCUUGACGCUUUUAGUUUCUGCUUCUGUUUGAGUCAGAGUUCAUUAAGAUGCGCUGAUAAACUGAAAUCAGUCCAAUCAGCAGUUCUGACUUUCAGGGUGACGUGUCUGAAGAGAUUUCUCUGUAUAGUUACACUUUAUUUGGCUCUGCUCUUUUUAAAAAAAAAAGAUUUCUUCUAAUUGUGUUAAUAUGUUCUGCAUUCCUAUCCUGUGACAUGGUUUCUAUUACUUAAACUAUCGAUGUGUAAAAUAGCACUUUUCUACAACUUCUAAUACAUUUUUGAGUGAUAUUUGUGUCCUGAUAGCCCUGCCUAGUUUUUCUAACAUCACUUAAAAUGAGUCUCUCUCUCUUUUUUUUCUUUCUCUCAUGUAGCUGACAACGUGUUCUAAUUUUCUGAGUCUGAAUUUUGAGUUUUCAUUAUCUGUGAGACAUAAUCAUCAAAAUGACAAGAAAUAAAGGCUUUAAAUGUAUGUGUAAUGAUUCUAAAUAAAACAUUUUUUCUCCG